CACAAAGACCCCAGACAAUGACGCUUACGCACGAUGACAACAGUGCCACUUCAACGCGGGCCACGACGCCAUCCAUCAUGACGCCAGAUUCUCCUUCAUUGCAGAGCCUGUCAAGUGAUGACGACGCUGGAUUUCAUACUCAAAGCCUGUCCCAAUCGGCGAUACAAACACUCUGAGCGUUUCAAACCAGGACCAGUUAGUAACAAUCGCCAGCCCAUGGCCUGACAACGUUGCCGACAGCCCACGUCUUGAACUCAGAAGCGACGGUCAAGAAGAAACCUCCGCCUUGGACUCCAACGAAUGCACAGAACUCAAGGAGAUAUUCCGUAACCAGCUGCAGCGUGGAAUCAACCGCCUGGUAGAGGCCAAGUUGCUUCUUCCAACAAUCCAUGGCCCUGUGACCAUCUCUCCAGACUUGUUUAUCACGAUUCCUGGGUUACCUGAUGAAGAAACAUGGGGGCAAAUGAGGCGGAGAGAGAGGGAAAAGGCAGCCAAGGCAAUUAACCCAGCUAUGGAGCCGCUGCCAAUGCCUCACAGCGAGAUUCGGGAAUUUCGGAGGGUCCUGGAUGAACCGCCUUUCAAACACCUCCGACCAUACAGACAGUUUAGCGAAGGAUACAAAAGCUGAUUCAAGCAACGCAAAAAGCACGAAAGGUCAAUGUACGAUUGAUCCUGGAACUGACUAGGAUGCUUGAGCUUCGCCUAGAAGUCCUUAAUACAACGUUUCUCAAUCUUGCCGACAAGCACGCGGCGUUUGCUAACGGUGACGCCGAAAGACCCCAUUGGACAUGCGCAUAUUCCAUCAUGAAUACCUACGCGGAUGCUUUGCAUGACUUAUUUGGUCGCGACAGGGCAAAGCAGUGGCUACGUCGUGAAUGUGACUGGAGAGGAGAAGUCGCGGGGUUCUGUAUACAGUGGGCACAAGCGUACUGCUACCUUGACCAAAUGGCUAUGCAGUACGGCGAGGAAUGCCAAAUGACACCAGUGAGUGUUACUCAGCUUGAGAGCCUCUUGGCCGAUGUGUCCAAGACUCUAGCGGCAUCCUUGGUGGGCUUUGAUCUACCGCCCGAGGCUAUUGCUUUUAUUAGGGAGUGGGAAGGCCAAGAUGGAGAGUCAGAAGACGAGGAUGAGGGUAAGGAGUGGGAAGAUGAUGAUGACGACGAGGAUGAGGAAUGGGAAGAAGGUGAUGAUGAUGAGGAGUCGGUUGCUGGCGUGGAUACUGAUGGUGAUGAAGAUGGUUCGGCUGAGUUUUACCGUAAUUGGCUCAAUGGAAAGACCAUUCUGGAAUGUUAGGUAGGGGUG